AUUAAUUGUAUUGCUACUCGCCCUACUACAGCACAUUACGAGCAUUAUACGUACGUACGAAAAUUAACAUGACCUUGACAAUUAGUUAUUAUUUAAAAGACUUUACGAGUAGACGUUUGAGAUGUACAAUUUAGUUCUGCUCGUAUUUAUUAUUUGUGUGACUCAAUAUGAAGCAGCGAGGAUUUUCGGCGUUUUCCCAACACCAUCUAUAAGUCAUCAAGUGACAUUUAGACCAUUAAUUCAAGAAUUGGUGAAAAAAGGGCAUGAAGUUGUCGUACUUACAACAGAUCCAGCCUUCACGGAAGAAGAAAGACCCAAAAAUUUAACUGAAAUUGAUGUUCAUGAUGUGUCUUACCACGUCUGGGUAGAAAAUUUCAAGUCUAAUAUGGAUACCAGCAAGAAGAGUAGUCUGAAGAAUCAAAUAAGGCUUAUUUAUGAAAUGAUGACACAAGUGUUUGAAAUGCAAAUGAAUUUAGAUGUAAUGCAAGAAAUUAUAAAGAAGAAGAUAAAACCAUUUGAUCUGAUAUUGGUCGAAGCAUAUAUGUUACCAGCUUUAGGCUUUUCUCAUGUAUUUAAAGUGCCUGUUAUUCAAAUGAGUUCAUUCCUACCCGUUUAUUCGGAUAUACGAAAUAUUGGAGCACAUGAUCAUCCAUUGUUGUAUCCAGCGCUUGGUCGACAGAAACUAGAUAAUUUAAGUUUAUUAGAUAAAGUAAAAGAAUUAUACAAUCAUUAUAGUAUGGAUAGUGAUACAAGAAAAGCUGAAACAUUUUUUGAUGAAUCAGUUAAAAGAAUAUUUGGUCCUGAUGUACCUGAUCUCAGUGAAUUAUACAAUAAUAUUGAUAUGUUAUUUUUGAACACAUUUCCAAUCUGGGACUCCAAUCGUCCUGUGCCUCCAAGUGUCCAAUAUUUAGGAGGCAUACACAUGAAACCAGUUAAAGAAUUACCAGAGGAUUUGAAAUCAUAUUUGGAUUCCUCAAAACACGGAGUGGUAUACGUUAGUUUUGGUACAAACGUAAAUGCUUCGGCGCUGCCACCUGAAAAAAUACAAAUGAUGAUAAAUGUUUUGUCUCGUUCACCUUACGACGUUUUAUGGAAGUGGGACAAGGACGAACUACCAGGACAGACAAAAAAUAUCAGAAUAUCCAAAUGGUUACCGCAAUCAGACCUGCUUAGACAUCCAAAAAUCAAAUUCUUCAUCACCCAAGGAGGGUUGCAGUCAACUGAUGAGGCUAUAGUAGCAGGUGUACCUCUUCUUGGUAUACCCAUGUUGGGUGACCAAUGGUAUAAUGUAGCUAUGUAUGAAAGACACAAGAUUGGAGUGAAAAUGGAAUUGGAAGACCUUGAGGAAUCGAAUUUCAAGGAAGCUAUUCAUGCUCUUACAAAAGACGAAAGUUAUCGCCAAAACAUAAUAAGAUUGCGAUCUAUCGUCUACGACCAACCACAAACUCCUUUAGAACGGGCAGUGUGGUGGACGGAGCACGUUCUGCGCCACGGCGGCGCGCGCCAUCUACGAUCGCCAGCCGCAAACUUACCGUGGACUGUGUACUAUGAAGUAGAACUAGUGGCUUAUGCACUUCUAGUAGUUACAAGUGCUAUAUCUGUGUUCGUAUUCCUAGCUUGGAAAGUAAGGAGAGUAGUACAUUUAUUGCUGAUGUCAAACCUAAAGUCACGUAAUGUGAAAUUUGAUGAAUAAUCACAAUUUCUGAUAUUGUAAGCUUCGCUCGCGCGAAUUAAGCGCCACCUAGAAAAUAAUACAGCGUUUUCGUAAAUGCCACAGCAAUUUUAAACCGAUAUUAAAAGUACCCCAUGUUCUUCUCCAUACUCUUAAUUAUACAUAUAUACGAAAAAUUUCAAGAAGAUUUGUUUGAUAGAUAAUGCGUGAAGAGACAACAAACAUUGAAAUCAACUUAUUUUUGCAUUUACAAUAUUUAUUUAUUAAUUUUAAACUUUAUUGCACAAAAAAUUUACAAAAUUAUAAAAAAUUAUUACCUCUCCAAACCUUUCUUAUUUGGUAUCUAUUGUAUAUAUAUUAGUAUACAUACAUAAAAUCACGCCUCUUUCCCGGAGGGGUAGGCAGAGACUACCUCUUUCCACUUGCCACGAUCUCUGCAUACUUCCUGCGCUUCAUCCACAAGUAGGUAUUAGUAUUAUUAUACUUUAUUUAUAUAUUUGUUUAUGUAUGUCUAUAAAUAGUUGUGUGAGUGGAGUACACGCCUGUCACCCUUUCCAUCAUGUUUCCUAUCUCGGACCUGCUGGAAGAGAUUUCUUUUGAAAUAAGAAGAAUUUACAUAUAUGUAUAAUUUUGUUUCUUGUGUUUAUCAUUCUCGAUGUUUUCUAUGUACAUAAAUUCGUAAAUAAAUAAAAGAUAAAUGAAAGGCGGACUUAAUGCCGUUUGGCAUUCCCUACCAGUCUACCAGCUGACCAAACAGAAAUACUUUAAGUUGGUGGUGCGAUAAAUUCAUACCUAUGUUUACUGCAAAAUAUGUACAUACAUUACAAAUAGAAUACAUAAAUACAAUAUUAUAAGUAGUUGGGAUAAAACAUUUUUCCCAUCAUAAGAGCUUUGAAAUUUAAAAAUGUAAGUACGGUCUACCGCAGAACGACCCCGUACCACGGCACGCGCCACAUCGUUUAUCGUUUGAAAUACUGUCGCUGUUUCGUUUCACGUUAUAAUAAGAAGCGAAACAGCAAUAGUUACCACUGUACAUUAAAAAGUAGAACUGGUAGCUUGUGCACUUUCAGUUUCUAUAUCUGCUAUAACUUUGUUAACACUUCUUAUUUAUGCAUUAAGAAAAUUUAGUCUUAGUAAAAUUAUUUCUAGUAUAAAACUUAAACUAAGAUAAUUAUGACGGUUUUAUUGCAAAUUAAAAAAGGAAAUGUUGCGAAAAAGCAAUGAGACUGCUAUCUUUCAUGAAUGAUAUAGAUGAAUUUCAUGAAGAUCGUGGCCAGUAGAAGAAUGUAGCCUCUGCCUGCCCCUUCGGGAAAGGAACAUUGUUUUUUGUAUUUAUAUUUUCGAUCGAAAAAGAGUGAGUCACAAAAAAUAUUGAUAAAAUUAUUGGGGCGAUUCUUAUCACCAAUAGAAAAUAAUGAAGUUUCAAGUUUAUGUCUGUAUGUAUAAUAAAUUCCACCUUUUCCUUUGAAAUUAUUGAAUAAAUUUUAUUACUAAGA